CCUCAAGUAUAAAAUAAAGGAUUGUUUUGAAAAAUAAAAACAGCAGCUAUGAGGGGCCUGAUGUGGUUUCUGCCCCAUGGUAGGACUCAAUGAGCAGGUGCUCAUCUCCCAGCCUCCUGGGGUGGCAGUCUCCUAGAGGGAUAGGAAGGGUGUGGGCUGUGCAGCAGAGGCCUGGGACCCUCAUCUGAUUCUGCAUGCACCAGCUGGGGGACCAGGCCAAGGGUAAACAUUUGGUGGGGGGUGGGCUCACAGGUAGAACUAAAGAGCAUCAUGGAGGGCCUAGGAGCGCCCCCCUCCAAGGAUGCCCUCCCUACCCCCAGCCCACCCUGGCAGGUGAAGAGCCUCCUGCAGGGUGGUGAUGGGCUGGUGGGCAGCCCUGGGCCCCAGCACUGGCCACAUCAUCACGUCCCAACAGGCUUGCUUCCUUCCCCACACAGCGGACUGUGGUCACCUCUGCUGCUCACGCCAAGGGGCCUGCCUGUCCGCCUCCAUACUGCUCCUGCUGGCAACUCUUGCAGCUCUCAUCGUCCUAGUGGUUAUCUAUGGACUCCCACCACGCACACCAGGGACCAGAGCCUGUGUGACACCUACUAACAGGACGGGCUUCCUGUGCCAUGACCGGAAGACCUGCAUCCCAGCCAGUGGGGUCUGUGAUGGCGUCCGCACCUGUGUUCACGGCGAGGAUGAGGAUGAAGGCCUGUGUCGAGAUGUGCCCCAGAGCCUCCCCAGUUUCCUUGUGGCCCACUGUGGAGACCCUGCCUUCUGGAUUUACUCAGACCAGAAGUGUGAUGGAAUCAACAGUUGCGGGGACUGCUCAGAUGAACUGAGCCAAGUGACCUUGUGCCCGUCCUGUGGUCCCGGGUGGUGGCGCUGCACUCCGACUGUCUUCAGGUAUUGCGAAUGCAUCCCAAGGAGUCUCUGCCAGGACCACGUGCAGCACUGCUCCGACUGGUCUGACGAGUACUCCUGCCCUGGACUCUGA